UUGCCCAGACACCUCACAUCAAUGGUUCAUUCCAUCCAUCGAAUGGUACGUUUUUUACCCGGGUAGCCAACGCAGAAACUGUGCCAGGAAAUGUUCAUAUUUUAUCAUUUAAUUUCCCACUUGAGGUUUGAUGGACCUAUGGAAUGUCAGUAUAAAAGGUAUUCCUCGAAAUCAGGACAUAAGGCACAAUGAAGUUCCCAACGGUGAUUUUAGUCCUUCUUGUGUUAUCGAAGUCGGUCGUUACUACAAACUAUGAUCUCAUUACGGCCACAUCGAAUUUGAUUGAACACCUCCAACUGCCGGUUCAGGUUACGGUUCUAUCAUGUUGGAGCGAAAGUGAAAAACUGCAAUUUUGGUCGGGACUAAAUUCAUUCACUAGUGUUCGAUUUUUCACCGAAAACCAAGUGAAUCUUCCCUGGAACGAUCGCAAUCAACAUCAGAACUUAUUGGUGAUUGACGCAGGUUGUUCCAAAUCGAAAAACUUGCUGCGAUCAGCUGGUCAGCUGUUGUACUACCGAGUUAAGUGGAUUAUAAUAAAUAACAAAACUUCGAAGUGCGAACAAUUCCUGAAGUUUUUUGAUAAUCUUCAAGUGUUGAUUAGCAGUGAAGUUUACUAUAUCUGUGAAGAAAAUGGCGUACAAGGCUUCGCAAUCAAACAAGUUUAUCGUCUAUCACUUACAACUGAACUGAUCGAGGAAACGUUUGGUUUCUGGAAUAAAGGUGUGAUUGUAAACUCACAGUUCUCCAAGUAUUCCUCCGUUCGCCGGCAUAACUUGAAUCACUACAAGUUGCGUGCAUCGAUAGUGAUCACCCACAACGAAACUGUUAACCACCUGGAAGACUACAGUGAGAAACAUGUGGACGCAGUCACCAAAUCGAACUACUUUCUGACGAAACACGUGGCCCAAGACUUGAACGCCACCCUCAAGUUCAGCUACGUCAACCAGUGUUGGGAAACUCGUGCUCGCGAGUAAAAAAAUACUCACUCUCGUACUCGAUAGCGAGUAAUACUCACGCUGUGAGUCACUCAUUCCUUACUCUAACUCACGCGAGAGUAUGACGUCAUAACUCACUGCGAGUAUUACUCACGUAAAGAGUAAUACUCGCAGUGAGUAUGACGUCAUUACUCUCGGGUGAGUGAGCAAGUUACUCUUUGUGAGUAUGGUGAGUAACCAAUUUCCAAAGCAAAAUAUUGAUCGUUGCACAAAUUUUUAGAUUCUAAUGAAAUUAUUCAAGGGUAAGAUACAAUUUGCACACCCACUAACAUCAGCAGGCGUAUGCUUUGAAACCUGUUUAUGACGUUUCAAAAUAAUUCAAAGCAAUCAAACAGAUUGCAUCAUAACUUCCUUAUUGUUAUGUUUAUUUGAAAGCGACCAGCAUUUAGUAAAAAAUAUUCACCGUAUUGCCAGCUACACCCCGCUAAAAUUUAUUUUCCUGACGAAUGCUCCGUGAAAUCGUGAACGGCAACUAAUAGCCAGCAGCCGUUUAGCUCAUCGGGAAGUUUUCCUUGGGAAGCUAUUGUUUGCUGGAUCCAGAAUGAUCAUCAUCAAAAUCGUCUUCGGAAUCAGAUCUGUUUCCUGCAAGUUCAGGGCGUAAUCGAUUAGCGAUUUGGUGUUCCUCCUAACGAAAGAUCUUCGGGCCCAUUUACAAAUUGCAUAACGGUGAAGGGGGUGGGCAAGUGUCCCUAAAUGUUACA